AUGGGUGUCAAGAGGGACUCCACUUCUCAGCUAAAUGGUCACAAGAGUGAUCCCCCUGUAACAGAGAGACCUGUAUCAGCUCCUAGAACUCUGUUGACAGCACAGAAUACAGCAAAGAAAGUGGAAGACAGCGAUGACAGUGACAAUAAUGAUGACAACAGUGAUAACAAUGAUGACAAUGAAAGUGAUGAUGAUGAGAAAAAAGACUUGAAUGUGUAUGAAGUACCCAUUGAUCCACUGCCCAGAGGAAAAAAGCAAGCUGUCAAUGAUGACAGUGAUAGCAGUGAUAGUAUGGACCAUCAAAAUAAGAAUGACAAGGAGCCACCCAAUACACUCUAUAUGGUGAGAGCAACUCACAAGUACGUUGGGGAAGAUGUUGAUGAAUUAAGUUUUGAGGCUGGAGAGAUUAUUUAUGUCAUAAAAUUUGAGAAUCCAGAUGAGCAGGAUGAUGGAUGGCAGAUGGGAAUAAAGCAGUCUGAUAAUAUGAAAGGAGUUUUCCCAGAAAACUUUACCCAGAAAUUGUCUUAG